GAUUCUAGGUAUCAUCUUCUUAGGGUUUGGUUUCUUAACACUUAUGGGUAGUUUAAUUUAUUGCGUGUACGUCUUUCGAGACGCUAGGACACCGAAGCAAGUGGCGGCACAAGAUCACUACUGGACUCACCACUGGCAGAAAAGCUUCGGAGCAACUCCCAACUCAACAACCCCAGUUCCUCACCCCUCCACGCCUUCGGAAAUUCGCUACAAAACCGAGAAGUACCUCGAGGAUCCGUACAUGAGCAGUCAUCGGGGCUCAUCCAGACACUAAGUUCCCAUUAAGUCUGCAGUGGCCAUUAUUACUCCAACUUGACAACACUGUUUCUUCUCUAUUCGAAUUUAUGUUAAACAAUCGAUUUCAGGUGAGGCAGCCUGUCUCACCUAGAAUCGAUGUAUUCAAUGAAUUUAAAUGGCGUAUCAACAGGGUUCCAAUUUGCUGAAAUCGCCACUACAUUAAAUCAUGUUUUAGUCAAAUUUGAUGGAGUCAGGAAAAAUGUGUCUCAAGGUAGCAACUCUUCUGUUCAGUAGUUAUAACCGGAAAAGUGCGCUACAUUUUGCAAUUAGGAACUACGAUUUCGGGCUCGGUCCAUAAACAACGUAUGCACCGUUAGUUUCCCUAUGGGCAAAAAUGUUUCUUACGGAUAACCCAGAAAUUGUAGUUCCUAAUCGUAAAAUGUUGUCCAAGUCGAUUGGCACCGAUGAAAAUUGAACGGUAAGACGUGUCAAUAUGUGACAUCAACAUAAAUUGGACUGCAUUUUGCAUUAAUCCUCUCAAGCUGUGAUAAAAUCUUCUUUUCUCUCCCACUUUUCUGCCCUGGCUCAUUUUUCCUGAUUCAAUCACGAAUAACUAUUUUUCAGAAUACUCACCACGAAAUCUAUCUCUCCCCCUUUAAUCUGAUGACUCGAUUAAUAAAUCAUUAUAUUUUAUACCAUAACUAAUUGCUAAACCAGUACAAAUAAAUACGCUCAUUUCAGUGGCGGGGCGUGCUUUAUCGUAGGUAUAUCUAUCGAUAAUCAGGGUGUUCACAACGAACACCUCAAUAAUCGCUCUUUUACCGUAGCUUCAAACUGAGAAAUGUCGAUGAUCGAUCAUUCACGCCUCGCCACUGGCUCAUUUGAGUCAGAAUGCUGGGAUACUUAAAAAUAUAAAUUUUUUACGCUGCCUCGUGAGGGGAGGUACGUUAUGAUACACCAGGUCUCCGACUCAUGAGUUCAACAUCCUCCACCAAUUAUUUUAGUUUGGAUUCACAUGUGCCGCCAUUGUAUCAGAUUUCUUUUCCAAACAUAUUUUCCGCGAUGAUGUUUAUUUAUUUUGAUUUUUUUCAUGUCUAUCUCAUGCUCCAAAGUUUGUGCGUUUAACCGAAACUUAGGGUAAUUUCUUUCUAUUUUUUCAUUUAGAUGACGUAAUCGGAUUUCAAUAUCGCAAAACAUUCCCAGUAUUACUUUAAGGUUGACCAAGGUGCUAGCAUUACGCUUUUUUCUAUGAUGUUUCUUCUUCUCUCUCCCUCUCUCACUUCUUACUCAAAGAGGGAAAGACAAAACCAACAAUAGUGCAAUUUUAACCCAUUAGGAGGAAAACUAAAUGUGUCUGUUAACUGAUGAUAAUACUUUAAUUAAUCAAAUUUGCAAAUUCUCUGAGAAAUGACUAAUACUCGUAGACUAAUUAAAUCAACAGUGAUGGGUUUAACAGAAAUAUACGUAAGCUGUCCAGGGUACCUCGUGGGUUUUUCAUCGAUGGUGCCUGUUGAGGAAGGCCUGACAGGUCAGGCCAAUUAGUAAGAAAGUUGAUGAAAGGUAAAAUUAGGGACAAUUUCCAUCGUUCCAUAUAAAACUCGGCCCUUAUAAAACAGGCUGAACUGAGUCACCGAGCGCUUAGUUGUGCGCAAAGACGCAAAGCGCCUCCGUUUUCCGGUGUAUGCAACAAUUUCAACACGCAGUCCGUCUUUGAGCUUGCGCACCCAGCAAGUGAUUCAGGCGUUGUCGGCAAAAACGCAACAUUCCGUCGCACCUCCAUUCGUCGACGUCUACAAGCCGUGGUCGCACACCAUCAAUUAAUUUUCAUGAACUUUAAUAAUGAAAAUUCGGUUGAUAAAAUUUUAAGAAAUCUACCAUCUGUGGAUAAGUCAAGGCGGGAGAGGGGGUUGGGAGUGCCACUUAAUGAUCUCGAGUUUUCAAUUUUUUUACCAUCAUCCACGCAAUUCAAAUCGGCUCUUGGAGAACUGUACGAAGUUAUUUUUUUCCAGAUUGUAUUUCAUUAUUCAGUUGUUAAUGAGCUAAGUUUCGUUAUUCCUUAAAGAUAUUUAAUUUUAUAUUUUAUUUCAUUAAACUAUACUAUUCCUAAUAAAUGUGGUUUUAUAUGUUUC